AUGGCUCGCCCGGACGAUACUCUAGCGGCCGCUGCGGCAAUUCUGCGCGGAUUCGCUAGAGGCUCGACUGCCUCUGCCUACACCAAUGGCUUGAAGCUGCCGCCUUACAAACUCCCUGGCGAUGACACGGCCAGCAAAGAGGACUUCGAAGCUGAAAUAGCGGCUCUCGCGAGGCGUAUUCAUUAUCUCGAAUCGAGGGCAGAUGUUGUCGGGCGCUCACUUCCAGACACACCAGGUGAAUUUCAGAGUCCUACUUCACCUCUUGGGCGCCCGGCCGAACCUCGAGGUUCUUUGGGAGAUACGGGCACUGAUCUCUCCGCAGACUCUACCGAGAGAGCCGCCUCAAAUGGCACCCAGUCGAGACGCGUCAGCAACCUGCUCGCCGCGAGAGAGUCCCUACCCCCUUCGACAUCCGACCGUACGGUCAGCGAGGAUGAUAUCAGCAUCCUACGGGAGCAUGUGGAAAGGCAAGCCGAGCAGAUAAAGAGCCAACGAGACACAAUCGCAGAGAUCAGUCGAGGCUUGCGCAAUUCCGAAGAACAGGCUAAACAAGCAUUCAUGCGCGUUGAGAACGAAGACGUCUCAAUCCUGGAAAGAGAAUUACGGAAACAUCAGCAAGCCAACGAAGCUUUCCAAAAGGCACUGCGUGAGAUUGGUGGUAUCAUCACUCAGGUAGCCAAUGGCGACCUGUCCAAACGCGUGCAGAUUCAGGCAACUGAGAUGGACGACGAAAUCGCAGCUUUCAAGGUAACAAUCAACACUAUGAUGGACCAGCUUGAAAUCUUCGGGAGCGAAGUGACGCGUGUCGCUCGUGAGGUCGGUACGGAAGGUAUAUUGGGUGGUCAAGCCCAAAUCAGUGGCGUUCACGGCAUCUGGAAAGAGCUGACAGAUAACGUGAAUAUAAUGGCAGCAAACCUGACUGAUCAAGUCCGAGAGAUUGCGACUGUCACCAAGGCUGUUGCGCGUGGUGAUCUCAGCCAAAAGGUUCAGAGCCGCGCAAAGGGCGAAAUAUUCGAAUUGCAGCAUACUAUCAACACCAUGGUGGACCAACUGAGGACAUUCGCCACUGAAGUCACCAGGGUGGCCACCGAUGUCGGAACCGAGGGCGUUCUAGGUGGACAAGCCCAGAUCGAAGGAGUUCAGGGCACCUGGAACGAGUUGACCAAGUCAGUCAAUGCCAUGGCCGACAAUCUUACUACUCAAGUGCGCGAUAUCGCAGGUGUCACCACGGCGGUCGCAAAAGGCGACUUGACUCAGAAGGUCACCGCGAGCUGUAAAGGCGAGAUCCUACAACUCAAGAUCACGAUCAACAACAUGGUUGACCAGUUACAACAAUUCGCUCAGGAGGUUACGAUCUUGGCAAAAGAAGUCGGUACCAACGGUGUCCUGGGAGGACAAGCGACAGUCCAUGAUGUUGAGGGCACAUGGAAAGAUCUGACCGAGAACGUCAAUGGCAUGGCCAUGAAUUUGACGACGCAAGUGCGAGAGAUCGCUACAGUCACCACUGCGGUUGCCAAUGGUGACUUGUCCAAGAAAGUCACAGCUAAUGUACAGGGUGAGAUUCUCGACCUCAAAAUCACAAUCAACGCUAUGGUUGACAGACUGAACACCUUCGCGUUUGAGGUCAGCAAAGUGGCGAGAGAAGUGGGCACAGACGGCACGCUUGGUGGGCAGGCAAAGGUCGACAACGUCCAAGGCAAAUGGCGAGAUCUGACAGACAACGUGAACACGAUGGCUUCAAAUUUGACGAAUCAGGUCCGAAGUAUCUCAGACGUGACACAAGCAAUUGCCGCAGGAAAUCUGGACAAGAAGAUCGAGGUGCCAGCUCAUGGAGAGAUUCUGACCCUAAAGGUCACCAUCAACAACAUGGUAGACCGAUUAGCCACGUUUGCACACGAACUAAGACGGGUUGCACGAGACGUGGGUGUCAAUGGCAAGAUGGGUGGUCAGGCCAAUGUUCAUGAUGUCAGUGGGCGAUGGAAGGAAAUCACAGAGGACGUCAACACUAUGGCUGAAAACCUGACUGCUCAGGUUCGUGCUUUCGGAGAAAUCACAGACGCGGCAACCGAAGGCGACUUUUCGAAGCUCAUCAGUGUCAAUGCGUCUGGCGAGAUGGACGAGCUGAAGCGAAAAAUCAAUCAGAUGAUCUCGAAUCUGAGAGACAGCAUUCAAAGAAACACAGCUGCCCGUGAAGCUGCCGAACUCGCGAAUCAAACGAAAUCCGAGUUUCUGGCAAACAUGUCCCACGAAAUCAGAACCCCUAUGAACGGCAUCAUCGGCAUGACACAGCUUACACUUGACACGGACGACUUGAAGCCGCACUCCCGAGAGAUGCUCAACACUGUCCACAACCUUGCCAACAGUCUCCUAACCAUCAUUGACGACAUUCUGGAUAUCUCCAAAAUUGAAGCCAAUCGCAUGGCCAUCGAAGCUAUACCGUACACGGUUCGCGGGACUGUUUUCAACGCCCUGAAGUCCCUAGCUGUCAAGGCCAACGAGAAGAGCUUGUGUCUGGCCUUUGAUGUGGACAACUCUGUUCCGGACUACGUCGUUGGCGACCCCUUCCGGCUGCGGCAAAUCAUCCUCAACUUGGUAGGCAAUGCCAUCAAGUUCACCGAUCAAGGGGAGGUCAAGGUCACAAUCAAAAAAUCCAGAGAUCUCAUCUCCAACUGUGCCACUGACGAGUUUCCAUUCGAGUUUGUCGUUUCAGACACAGGCAUUGGUAUCCAAUCCGACAAGCUGGACCUUAUCUUUGACACUUUCCAGCAAGCCGAUGGUUCCACAACAAGAAAGUUUGGUGGUACCGGUCUUGGGCUGUCCAUUUCAAAGCGUCUGGUCAACCUCAUGGGAGGUCAAGUCUGGGUGACUUCCGAUUUCGGCCACGGCAGCGAAUUCCACUUCUCCUGCAUCGUCAAGUACGCGACAGACGACAUCAGUGUCAUCAGCUCACAACUAUAUCCUUUCCGAAAGCAUAAAGUCCUGGUGGUCGACAAGGGGGUGUCCAAUUUCUUCGACCGCGUUCCCGCCAUGAUUGAAGAGCUUGGACUUCAUGUUCAGGUCGUGAGAAGCGAGACUGAAGUCCCUGAUCCCAUCGAUGUUGUCGACCGCAAGGGUAGGAACACCGACGGGGGUUAUGAUGUUAUCGUCAUUGAUGAGCUUGAAACUGCGCAGAGGCUACGGGAACUUGACAAGUUCAAGUAUAUUCCAAUGGUUCUUCUGAACCCGACCGUCUCUAUCAGCCUCAAAACUGUACUUGACCUUGGCAUAGCUUCUUACAUGACGACACCAUGUCAGUUGAUCGACCUCGGCAACUGUCUGAUACCGGCAUUAGAAGGGCGCUCGACUCCUGUCAUCAAAGACUACAAGAAGUCGCUAAAUGUUCUGCUGGCUGAAGACAAUGAGGUCAACCAAAAGGUCGCCAUCAAGAUAUUGGAGAAGUACAACCAUGUUGUUACCGUGGUCGGGAACGGUUUGGAAGCCGUCAACGCGAUCAAGAACACCCGCUUCGACAUUGUCCUCAUGGACGUCCAGAUGCCGGUCAUGGGUGGAUUCGAAGCCACCCGCGAGAUACGGCAGUACGAGAAGGAGCAAGCACUUCCUAGGACACCUAUUGUCGCGCUUACGGCGCAUGCCAUGCUGGGCGACCGCGAGAAAUGCAUACAAGCACAGAUGGAUGAGUACCUCUCGAAGCCCCUCAAGCAGAACUUGCUUAUGCAAACGAUUCUGCGGGUAGCGUCUGACCGCGUGACCGAUAUUUUCCACGAGCAAGCUCGCUCGAAGGCCAAUGGAAUCGGGGACGGGAACAGUGGUGCCGCAGAGGAUAGACCGUCGGCACUAUCAAUCAAAAUCGCCCGGGCUUCAAAGGAUUCAAGCUCGGGCUUGAGGCCUCCUUUUAGUGAGAGGUCUAUCACGACGUCGGGAUCUGUGAUCCACGGGAGCGCUGAGAGUCCGUCGGUGGACAGAGACGGUGAACCCGAUCCGAUGUCGGUGGUUAAUAGCAGUGUACGUUCGAUGUCAUGGUCGGGAUGA